UAUAUUUUGCAUAAAAGUGCUGGUUUGAGCAGCCGUUGACAGUGAAGGACUGAUCUUUGAACCGUGAAGUCGGUUGUGAACCUAGUGUCGGACGACCGUGGACACGAUUGCUAGACCUGUGAAAUUAAUGCUUAGUAGAAUGUCUGGACUUAAAAGAUGUAUCAGUCAAGUGUCCAUGUUCAUGACAGGGAAGCCGAUAAAUUCAUCUGAAUCAGCGUGGAGAGAGGAACUGCAAAAAUACCGUCAAGCCCGCUACGCAGCAAGGCGCGUCAGAAAACGCGUCAUCUUCAAUCCCAACAGCACUACAGAAUUCAUUCCCUGUCUCAACAACGUCAAUUCGUUCACCGGCUGUUUCCUCUUUUCCGUCGAAACUCAGCACACCAUCGGUUACGGCUCUAGAACCACCAAUGAAGAGUGCCCUGAAGCUAUCUUUGUUAUGUGCUUACAGAGUAUCGUCGGUGUAUUCAUUCAAGCUUUCAUGGUGGGAAUCGUAUUUGCAAAGCUAUCUAGACCAAAGAAACGCGCCCAAACCCUGCUUUACUCCAGAAAUGCAGUGAUAUGCCUCCGAGACGGACAACUGUGUCUGAUGUUCAGAGUUGGGGACAUGAGGAAAUCGCAUAUUGUUGAAGCGCAUAUAAGAGCACAAAUUAUACGCCGCAAGAUGACAAGAGAAGGGGAAGUGUUGCCAUUCUACCAGCAGGAACUGAAGGUCGGCGCAGACGGUGAGGAAGACAGACUGAUGUUCAUUUGGCCGAUGACCAUAGUGCAUAAAAUCAAUGAAAAAUCUCCGCUAUACAACCUCUCAGCUUCAGACAUGCUGAGAGAGAGAUUUGAGAUAGUUGUUAUGUUAGAGGGCGUGAUCGAGUCUACAGGUAUGACGACUCAAGCACGCAGCAGUUUCCUACCAUCAGAAAUACUUUGGGGACAUCGUUUUGAAACAAUGGUGUCGUUCAGAAAAGAUACUGGAGAGUAUGAGGUGGAUUACACUCGCUUCAAUAACACCUAUGAGGUAGACACACCUCUUUGUUCUGCAAAGCAGUUGGAUGAGCUGAGGGCAACCGUAUCCACCUCUCAGAAAUUAGAUCGCAUGCUAGGCACAAUACCAAAGACUUUCUCCAAUGACACCCUGGACCUGAGUUCUGUCGAUUCCAUGUCGUUAGACGAACACAUUGAGAUCAAAAUCCCAGAAGCAAGAGUCAGAGAGAACAGGCUGAUGGCACAGAACAACUUCGUGCAGCACGUCAACGAGAAAUUAAAGAACCAUAGUCAUUUAGCGGUCGAAAAUGGACAAGUACCUCUACCUAAGAACCUUUCUAUGACAGGAAUGAAUGUGGAAGCUAAAGAUAUUGUACAACCGAAAGAAGGCAAUAUACAGCGCAGUCACAGCCAUGCUAGUAUGAAGCGCGCGCACGGACUGACGCCAAACGGCGUCGGACAUCAUGGCCCUGAGAAGGACCAGAAAAUUAAAAAAUCUCCAAGCGACAAUCACAUAGUUGAAAAGAUACCAGUCCAUCCUAUUCCGAUACUGGUGACGUCACCAGCUCCAGAGCCGGCUUGACUUGAAGUAUUCCAGCAUAUCCAUGCAUUAAUAGCUAGUACCUACUACCCAUACAGUAGUCCACAUCUUCAAAAUUACAAAUAUUAGUGCUAUAUAUAAAUGUUACACUGGAACAAAUGCGAAAUGUAUAAUUCAAAAGUCACUGGACAUAAUAUAGCAUUCGUUUGGAUAAUAUAAUUGUAUUUAAAUCUAGAUAUCUUUUACUAAAUAUAAAUUAAGCACAAUAUAGAAAUGUAUGGGAAGAAAUAUUCUCAUUAAGGUAAAAAUAUCAACAAAAUAAAUUAUCAGAAACUUAAUAAAUUACACUACAUACAAGAAAUUACGUCUACAUUAUUAAUACUAGCUGAUACUGUGCGGCUUCAUCCGCAUGAAAUUAAUAAAAUUAUAUUUUAUUGUU